GAGUGAAAGAGAGGGGUCGGCAUUUUAAAAAUGGCUGCAUGGUGCUGGUGUAGAUUUCGUUAAAUCAUCAUUAUUAUAUUUCUUUACGGAGUCCACGUAUUAUGUACAUGUUGGUUGGUUUCUAUGUCUACACCUGCUACAUUCACUCUACUAAUCUAUUAUCAGAUGUUACCGUGUAAGCCACCAGUCUCUCUUCCGGUGCCAAGAUGCUAUAACCGAAUUCCUCGUGACACCGCAGACAUACUUCCAUCCGUUGAGAUGAUUGUGUACACUCAGAUAAAUAGAUAAGCUUUUCUUUAUCUAAACUGAUGCAAGAUCACAACUAAUUCUCACCCGAUUUUCACAGCUUCGUAUAUACAACAUGUGUGCUCUCGGCAGUCUUACUACACAGAUUAAUUAUAUUAACAAAAAAAAGUCUUGCAAUGUACUGAUUGACAUUUGUCUAUAGAAAAAGGAAUCUUGUUUGUUUUCUGUAACCCUUAAAAAUGCUGCACAGAUCUGCCAAAACCCUGCUACAGAAUGUUAUACGUCACACUGACACCCAUAACAGAAUUGUGGAGGAGGCUGAAAUGUGGCGACAGAAGGAGAAAAGAUCACAACUGUCCAAGAAAGACAGAGAAAAAGACAGAGGUGGAGAGAAGGAUAAGGAUAAAGAAGACAAAGAUAAGAAGUCUACUGAUGUGUUCUUUGAGGACACCCGCAAGUCCUUUCUCUAUGAUAACCGUGUGAGAGAUGACAGCAUAUCAUAUCGGAGGUAUCGUGCUCAUAUGGAUGACGAGCCAAUUCCAUCAUCUACCACUCGUAGUACAUAUUAUACUCGGCAGCUACAACGGGCUGAAGAGAAUGAUCCUGGCAGGUGGGGUCACAGCGGUUAUAAGGAACUGUAUCCAGAGGAAUUUCGCAGUGAUCGAUCUGAAGAUGAAGAGAAUGGUCCACAUCACCGCCGUCACAAAAGAAGAACAAGAAAAAGACGUAAAGAGAAGAAGAGGAGGCAUCAUUAUCGGUCAAGAUCUGAUGACAGUGAUAGUGAUUGCGAGCCCCGUCGCAAGCGUCGCAAGAGCACUGGAUGCAGCAAACACAGAAAGCAUCGCAGGUCACGGGAUUCUUCAACAGGAUCGGAAACAGUUCGGUACAUCCGGCGGAAAAUGCACAAAGAAAGACGUCACCGGAGACAUAAGUCUGAGAGAUUGUACGAUACCGAAAUUGAUAUAAAACCUCGACUGCCCAUCAUCUCUGGUAGCCAGCAGCAACAGCAACAGCAGUCACUACCACCACAACAACAUCAGCAACAAAUACAGUCAUCCCUAAUGGGACAUCACAGACGCAAUCGACACAGUUCAGGUGCUAGGGACUCUACAUCAUUACGUGAGCACAAACAGACACGUCACAUGUCUUCUGACAACACAGACUCGGGGGCUGAAAAUGAUGGACCCAAACGGCAAAAGUUCCAACGUGAUUAUUCUUCAUCUGACAGCGAGGACAGUUACUGUUUGUCUUAGUGUGUAUGUUGUGUGCAUGUUAGUGCAUGUCUGUGUGCAUCUUGGCAGUUAAAAAAUUUUUUGCUACAAAAAAAAAGAUUAACCCCCCCCCCCCCAACCUCUGCAAUGCCAUAUCCUUGUCAAGUCAUUCGGUGCAACUGAACUGGCUAAAACAAAACAAAAACAAAAAAAAUCAACAUCCUGGAAGUGUUUUAUCUCAUCUCUGAAAUGUGGAGUAACUGGUUAGCAACGGAAAAAGAACCUUCCUGGCUACGGUAAAAAUGUUUCCAGAUUGUUCUGUCAACUUUUUUCCUUUAAUUCUCUGCAGAAACAGCCAAAUUGCACUUCAGUCAGUCACCCCAAUCCACUGAAUUUCUUUGUUGUAGAUUGAUUGAUUGAUUGAGAUCUAUUAUUGCUGCUAUCAUAAUUAGUCCAUUCCAUAUGCCCCGCAGACAGUUUUUCAUCUCACUCACUCAUUCAAUACCUAUUUAAAUAUACUGAAUUAUACCUACCUAUUAAUAUUGGUUAAAUGUAUCUGAUACAGUAAGGUAACAUUUUUUGAUGGGAUUAUUUUUCUCUUAUGAAUUUAAAUUGGACAUCUUUUAUUUAUUUAUUUGAAAGAUUUUUAUUAUUUUUUGUUAAUUAUUUUCCCUUUUGAAAACUAUGGAGCAUUCUUUGAUAUGAAGAUGUAUUUUGUAAAGCAGUAGAAUAUUUUUGAUGGAAUUUAGGAAUUUUUUUAGAAGUGUGUUUAAAACCUGUCCCCCUGUUAAGUAUAAGGCGUAAAAAAGAACAGAAAUAACAAAACAGACUGUAAUAUUGUUUACCUGUUCUUGUGUGGAUUAUCAUCAUCAUCAUUAUUAUUAUUAUUAUUAUCAUCAUUAGAGCAGUGGAUUGGCAGAAUUUUUAGCAUCAGAUUUAUCUGAGUUGAAAUCCUGCUAAGGUCAACUUUGCCUUUCUUCCUUCCAGGCUUUAUGAAACACAGUAUCUCUGAAGUACUGGGUUCAAUAUAAUUGACUAUUCUUUUCUCUCUACUUUCAAACCUUCUGUCUAUAUAAAAAGAAACAUCUUUAUCAUAAUUAUUUUCAUUUUACUGUCUUACCUACAUGAAAUGGUUAUAGUUUUCCAAAGAACCAUUUAACAUCAAACCAUUUUUUUGACUCAGUUGAGGAGCAUCUAGUCAGCAAACACAAAAACAUCAAGAAUAUCUCCUGACUUCCGAUAUCCAUUCAAAUGUUUUUCCUCUUUGUAAUGCAAAUGAAAUGAAAGGAGGUAUUUGCUGCUCAAUAAUAUCUCAUAAAUAAUUUCAUUACUCAAAAAGAAGAAAUUGUAUGACUUGGAAGUUGGAAUAAAUAACUCAUUCAAGCUAAACUACUUUAAAAAAAAUAGACCAUUAUUUUCAAGGGAUACAGGGGGGGAAAUGUAAUGCUGGUAGUUUCAAUGACAAAAUAAGACGAUUUAAUGCAGCUGCUUGGAGGCAGACUAUUUGGCACAGCUAACUGGACAUUCGAUGUAACUUGGCAACAAUACUUUAUGCUGCUGGAAGCAAACAGACACACAUACACACGUGUAAAAAUAUACACAUACAAAUAGAGAGUAGUAAAGAGAAAUAACAAUUUAUUAUUGAACACAAUUGAUAUAACCGCUUUCCCUAUCGUCAUACUCAUAAAGACAAAUAUGCUCAUACACAUUAACAGGAAGAGAACAAGAGAAGCAUCCAAUAUCAAAUAAGUCAGCAAUGCCAAAAUGUCUCUAGCCCUUUCAGUGAUGCCUUAGUGAAGAUAGCAAACGUGGCGUCAUCGUUAAAUGCUCGCCGUUCAUUGGGUUAUCUCCCCUACCGCCGGGUUAUCCUUCAUCUGUCUUAUCUAAGUUUCUUAACUAAAUCAUUCUCCAUUCCAAAAUGUUAAGGUAACCAUUAGAAACAUAAUUGAUAUAUUCUGCCUGUUGUGUGUCAUAAUCACAAAUUAACUGAAGCAAUAUGUUAUACCCUACGUUUAUGAAUACCGGUUGUCAUUUACUCUGCAGAGAAAGUUGACCUACAACUUUGUUUUAUCACAUGGCUGCAUAAGUCUAUCAUAACUGUAUGGAUACAUUAAUUCUAUUUAACCAUCAUAAAAGUCACGUUUUACGAAUACAUUACAGAAAAAACACAACUUGUUUAUAUAUGACUAUUUCAUCUGAAUUACCAUGCCAACUAAUUUCAAUGUUUGCCAAAGAAGAAUAAACAAAGUCCACACCAUAACCCGUAA